AUGCCUGAGGUGAUCUUUAUGCAAACAUGCAAGGACACACCAGGGGGUGGCCAGACAUGUCACGGAGUCAGGAACCGGCAGCGCUUCCAGCAAUUCCGUUCCUGUCAAAAGCCAGAGGACAAACAUAGCCAUCAGCGCCCCACAACCCCACCUAGGAAAAACUUUAUACAACAAUCUGUACUCAUGUCCAACAAAGAACUUGCUCCCCUAAUAACAGUUUUUAGUAUUAAGAAACGGCCCCCGCAAAUAAGGGCAGCCAGGAGAAAAAACUCAAUGGGAGACAAAGAGAUCUGCCCAAAGGCAAGGUAG